AUGUAAAAUCAAUAAAAAAUAAGGGUGGCAGUUCGAAUAAGACCUUUAUUAGAUCAUGAAAAAAGGCAAGGUCAUUUAAACUCAAGAAUUGAUUGCAAUGGAUAGGAAGUAAUAAUAAAAGAAGAGAGAAAUAAAAAGAGUUAUAAGUAAAUUGUAAAUCAAAUAGAUUCGAUCAUGUUUUACCUGAAACAGCUUCAUAAGAUUAGGUGUUUAAGAGUUGUGAAAUUGAUUAAUUAGUGUAAUCUGUAAUUGAGGGGUAUCAUGUGACAGUUUUUGCAUAUGGUUAGACAGGAUCUGGAAAAACAUUUACAAUGGAAGGUUUAAGAGAUGAUGAAGGAAUUGCAAUUAAGCCAGAUGGCAUAAUCCCUAAAACAGUUCAUAGUUUGUUUAAUAAGAUAAAAUAGAAUGCUCUAUAAAAAGACUUUUCAGUCUAUUGUUCAUAUUUGUAAAUUUAUAAUGAAAAAAUAUAUGAUCUUUUGGGAGAAACAACUAAAACCAGUUAUAAUGUAUAAGCUAAUGGUUUGAAAAUGAGAUGGAAUGUUAGGGAUUAAUUUGUAGUUGAAAAUUUAUUUGUUUAUUAAUGUAAAUCAGCAGAAGAAGUUAUUUAAUUGUUCAAAUUAGGAAGUAGAAAUAGAAUAACAGCAAGUCAUAAAUUGAAUUUUUAAUCAUCUAGAAGUCAUUCUAUUUUUGAAAUAAAAAUAGAGAGUAUAGAUCUAAAAAAUCCAGAUUAUUUUAUUACAUCAAAAUUAGAAUUAGUAGAUUUGGCUGGAUCAGAAAGAAUAAGUAUAACAGGUACUGAAGGUAGAUAAGCUAAGGAGAGUAUUGAGAUAAAUAAAUCAUUAAUGACAUUGAGAUAAGUGAUUGCUAUUCUAAGUGAUACAAAUAAUAAGACAAUUCCUCCUUAUAGAGAUUCAAAAUUAACUUGUUUAUUAAAAUAAUCUAUAGGAGGUAAUUGUUUUUGUUUGAUGAUUGCUUGUAUUGCACCUUUAGAUACAUUCUAUGAUGAAAAUGUAUCAACAUUAUAGUAUGCUACAAAAGUAUAAAUUAAAAAUUAACUUAGGCAGCUUAUAUUACAAAUAUUCCUGUAAAGAAUGAUGAUCCUAAAUUAAAAAUAAUAAAUGAUUUAAAAUAAUAAAUAAAUAGUUUAAAAUUAGAAUUAAGUAAGGCUAAUGAACAUAUAGAAUUCUUAUCUAAUAUUGUUUAAAAGAAGGAUAAUAAUUAGAAUAUGAAUAAUGUUUAAACUAGGAGUAAUUUUGAUAAUAUGAAUAAUGUUCAAACUAGAAGCAAUUUUGAUAAUUUAUUAUAAAAUUAAUAGAAAUUGUUAGAGGUAGAAUCUUCAGAUGAAGAUGCUAAUAAAUUUGAAUAUACAUAAUUUAAUGAUAGAUUAAUUGAUUCAAUUAAUAUGGUUAGAGAAUUAUUAUUAUCUAAUAAAGAAAUGAGAGAAAGAGAGGAACAAAUUAAUUAGAAAUGUGAAUCUAUGUAUAGAGAAAUUCAAUUUUUACAGAAAGAGAAUUUUGAAUUAAGAGAAAGAUUAGGAGAUCCUGAUUAAUAAAGAGAAUCUCCUUAAAAAAGGCCUUCAACUAUUAAGAAGAAUACAAUGAUGGUAGAGGAACCAGGAUUUUUACCUGAAUAGAUGACUCAAUUUUAAAGAAAUUUUUAGAAAGAUUUUAGAGAUACUCCAAAUAAAGAUUAUAAGGAUUCAUAAAUGUAAAUGACAAAUCGAAGUAUUUUGAUUUAUUUUUAUAAUAGAUAUAAGAGCUCAUUCAUAAAGAACAUAAGGUAGAUAAUUAGCAUUGAUAUCUAAUUAUUAAUAAAAUUUUGAAGAAGUUUAAUAAGAUGAAAUGACUAAUUUUGGCAGAAGAAGUUUAUAUUAGAAAUAAUUGAAAUGA